AAAGAUACCAUUCAUCGUUAUUUAUUUAUGGAAAAAUGUAACUUGCUCUGUAUGAAACGGAGAGCCGCAGACUUUGCGCAGGUUUUAAGUAUGACGUUUUUCAAGCAAACGUUGUCGUUCAUGAACAUUUCCAAAGUUGUCUUUCUGUGUGUCAUGCUUGACUUCUCUAGUGCGAGGGAUUGCGAAGUGUGCGUAGGAUUUCUGAGUAGGCUAUACGAGGGUCUGAUGUCCAGGCACGUGGAGCUGACCCCUGCCGUGGUGGAAGAGGAUCUUCUGACGGCCUGUGGAAAGGCCGUCAGCAAGGAGAACAGGCUGUGUUAUUACUUGGGAGCCACCAGUGAUGCGGCCACAAAAAUAACAGGGGAAGUCACACGGCCCAUGAGUUUCCACCUGCCCGUAAAUAAAAUCUGCGAGCGGCUGCAAAAGCGAGACAGUCAGAUUUGCGAGCUCACAUACGAAAAGCAGGUGACAGACCUCAGUAGAGAAGGCCUGUCAAAGCUGAGAGUGGCCGAGCUGAAAAACAUCCUGAACUCCUGGGGCGAGGUGUGCCGCGCGUGCAUCGAGAAAAGUGAUUUUAUUAGCCUUAUCCAGGAGGUGGCGACAAAAUACAGCAAACAGAUGGGGCAAAAAGCAGAACUCUGAUAGCUGAACGAUUUGUAUUUUCUAAAAGCCAAAUAUAUUUCGUUAAAUAUAUUGUCGAACCUAUGUUACACUAUGAGUAUAAACUCCUUAGCUAAAAUAUUAAUAAAUAAAGGUCUUAACAACUCA